AUGUUUUUAAUACCAUGUCAGAUUGCUUAUAGUAUUAGACGAUACAUACGAGUUGAAUUUGACAUCGUUGAAGGCGAGGAUAUAGUAAAAGCAGCAGAGGGAUUGUCUGGAAUGUUGUUGGCACAAAUCACUAUAAAUCGUGAUAAUAGGAAUAGUGAAUCAGAGUUUUACUGUUGGGAGUGGCCAAUUGAAGGACCUUUAGCCGGAUUUAUUCGCACUAGGGGACUACUACAUGCAGGCUCUUGGAAAAAUUUUUCUCCAGUAGAAAUCGCAAAAUUAACUGAAGCGCCUAUCAUUCGUUCAAAGCUGAUAGUCUCAGCACUUACAAAACCAAUCAUAGAUGGUCAUGGAGAAGGUUCUGAGAUGGACGUUGAAGUCAACUGA